GGGCCCGCCCCCCUUUCUUGUUGCCUGGCAACGCAGACCGCCACCACUGCCGAGCGAACUGCAGAGGCAGCGGUGCCGUAGACGGAACAGCUUUUGGGAUCCGAAGAAGCACAGUUCACGCUUGCUAAGACAAGUCAAAAGUCACUGCAGGGUUAUGCCCUGCAGGGCAAGAGGCAGAGUUUAGAGACGGACGCUGUAGCCCAAGAACAGUCUUGGACCUGAGCCACUUGUUGGCUAUUUGAACCCAGACCCCACCUAGGAGCUUCAAAAUUGGGACUCCUUACUGAGAAAGAUGUUUAAGCUGAACCUGCCCCCAGAUCCUAAGGAGGCAGCAGCCAUUGAAGCUAGACGAAAUCGAGAAAAGGAGCGACUGAGCCGAAUCUUCAAUGUGCGGGAUCGAGUCUUAGGGGUUGAUGUGGCAGCCCUGAAUAACCAGGUGGAAGAGAAGAAGCUUUGGAAGGCAGCAGAGCAGAACAGGGAAGCAGCUUACGGUACCAGCCAGGUGCAAUAUGGUGUGGUAGCCCAGAUGCUAGAGAAAGAAGAGGCAGAACGGACACGUCGCCUGGCCAAAAAAGUCCAAGAGUUUCGGGAGCAGAAGCAGCAGCAGCAGCUCAAAAACAAGAAUGAAUUUGACCUUUGGAAUCCAGACCAACUCUGGAAGCAGUUUCCAACCCAUGCCGGUGAUUAUGGUCCCUGCUACUGGCCAGCCAGCCUGCCAUACUUCUCUGUUGACGACGCGUACAGGGCCGCGUACCUGAGAAUGCAGCAGGAGCAGUUCAUGUACAACCUGGAGAAACAGAGGCUAGAGCAAGAGCAAGCCAAGGCUUAUAAGCAGUAUAUAGAUAAGCUCAAUGAUGAGCUGCGCCUAUCCAUGGACACUUGGGCCAUCCAGAAUUCCAGGUGGGAGGAUGCCUGUCGCACAGCCAUGAUGUCUGCCAUGGCCAACACCAACAAAGCCAAGGGGCCCCACCAGGCAGCUGAGCUGGCUGAGCAAAAGCGCCAUGAGCAUCAGCCCAAACAGGAGGCCAACUUCGUGAAGAUCCAGAACCAGAGCAUGAAUGACAUGCUGACUGAGAAACCCAACGUCGCCCGAAACCCUGUGAAUCCCCACCGGGUCCUGGCCUGCUGCUGGAAAGGCGUGACUUCAAAGCAGCAAGCUGCCAUUACGCGAGCCCAGGAAAUGCAAUGUAAUGAAAAAAAGGCACAGCACCAGGCCCAACAAGCACAGGAUGCCGAAUGGGGAAGCCAGACCACGUGCCUGGCCCAAGCAGCCAUGGAGCUAGAAGAGCAGGAGAGGCUACUGUGUGCUGAAUUUCGGAGGGGGCUGGGCUCCUUCAAUGUACUGCUGGCUUCAGAGCACAAUUCCCAGGAGAGAUACCUGAAUUCAAUAAUCUACAACAAUCAACCUAUAUCCAGAUAUCGCUAACAGUUCAACACCAGCAGCCGCUGAGCUCAGGAUGGUUCUCUCUCCCUUCCCCAUCAAGCUCACAGAGGCUGAAUCAGGAAAAUGCUGCAGACCCCCUCCCCCAAUCCAUUCCCCAGUGGGAGAGAGCUGAGCCAGUACCCCUACCUUUGACCCUAGGUAAUAAAGGUAUCCACUAAA